AGGAAAACACGCCCACCCCAUCCCCUUUCGUCAGAAGGAAAGACUGAAAGAGGCGACUCGGCCGAGAGAGAGAGGACAGAGACGGAGCCUCGCAAAGACUGGGGCUUUAAUUCGAACGCGCUCGCCUCCGUCCUCCCCCUCUCUCCCCCCAUCCAUCUCGAGCCCUCCGCCACAGUACCAGCAUCACGCCAAACCCCCAUCCCCUAUCUAUCCCAGGGAAGUGAAGGUCAAACCAGCCGCCGCCCCUCCUCUUCUCCGGCCGCCCGCUCCGAUCGCCGCCCCCCUCCGUCGCCUUCCCUCCCGAGGAUUCUGUAUCUAUAGGUUUGGUCAUGGCGUCAGCUGCCUAUCUUGACGACAUUGAUGCUGAAGUUAUCGACCCUCCAAAGAUUGAGAUGUUAGAUGUCACGGAACUCGUCGGUGAUCUUAUUGAGCACUCACCGAAACCAAAUGUCAUAGUUUCUAGCAAUGUGCGUGAGCUAUUGGAAUGCCCUGUGUGCUUGGUCGCCAUGUAUCCUCCAAUUCAUCAGUGCUCCAAUGGCCAUACCAUUUGUUCUGGAUGCAAGCCAAGGGUUCAUAAUCGCUGUCCAACUUGCAGGAGUGAAUUGGGUAACAUAAGAUGCCUUGCUCUAGAGAAGGUUGCUGCCUCUCUAGAGGUUCCAUGCAAGUUCCAGAACUUUGGAUGCGUGGGAAUAUAUCCUUAUUAUUGCAAGCUGAAACAUGAAUCACAGUGCCAAUACAGACCCUAUACUUGCCCAUAUGCGGGGUCUGAAUGCACUGUCACUGGUGACAUUCCAUAUCUGGUGAAUCACUUGAAGGACGACCAUAAGGUUGACAUGCACAGUGGAAGCACCUUUAAUCAUCGCUAUGUCAAAUCAAAUCCUCAUGAAGUUGAGAAUGCCACAUGGAUGCUUACGGUUUUCAGCUGCUUUGGGCAGUACUUCUGCCUGCACUUUGAGGCGUUCCAGCUGGGCAUGGCGCCGGUCUACAUCGCCUUCCUGAGGUUCAUGGGAGACGACGCCGAGGCCAAGAACUACACCUACAGCCUGGAGGUGGGAGGCAUCAACCGUAAGAUGACCUGGCAAGGUAUCCCUCGGAGCAUCAGGGACAGCCACAGGAAGGUCCGGGACAGCUACGAUGGGCUCAUCAUCCAGCGGAACAUGGCCCUGUGCUUCUCCGGCGGCGACAGGAAGGAGCUCAAGCUGCGGGUCACCGGGCGAAUUUGGAAGGAACAGUGAGCUGUAGCUGCAAUGCUUAGAAGGCCGUUCGGUUCAUUCUGGUGAUCCGAGGCGAACUGUAGUGAAGCAAUGCGCGAGUGAACCGCCGCUGCGAGGGCUUGAUUAGGACUAGGUAAUGGUGUGUAGAUUGUCUCUUUAGGUUCUAGUAGUUCUGAGAUGUUUUCAUGGAUGGUUGUGAUGAGAACCGAGGUGGUACUGAUGUGGUACUGGUAGAGCUGAAGGCAAAUCUCCUGUUUUGCUUUGAACAAGAGCUGGCUGGCAGGCCGCUGCGCUGCCGUCUGGUGAGAUGUUGCUGGUGCCUCGUGGACUGUAAAUGAUGUAGCCCCUCUCCUGUAUGAGACUCGUAUCUAUCUAUGUCAGACCCGCAAAUGUUCUGAACUUC